AGACCUUCACAACUAUCUUCCACCGUAGUCAGAUCAUCGUCUCCAUUCUAGGGUUUCUUUCUCUCAUCUCAAUUUGUCGAGGGUCUUCCUCCUCGGCCAAUAGAUAAGAACUCAUCGUCGAAGAACAUUUCCUUUAGAUAGAAGGAUCCUUCAUUUGGAUUCAUCUGAGUUUUAGAUUUUGCGUUGUUUCAAAUUCUAUACUACAAUUGAAUUCAGAGAAUCAACAAUCUCUCAACAAAUGGCCAAGAACCGAGGAACUGCGAUGUCACUCGAGUCCUUCGUGUCAACGAUGGCUCCACUUAUCGACAUGGAGAAAGAAGCCGAGAUCUCAAUGUCCCUAACCUCAGGCGCGUCGAGAAACAUCGAAACCGCUCAGAAGAAAGGCACCACGAUCCUCAACUUGAAAUGCGUCGAUAUGCAAACAGGUCUCAUGGGGAAGUCUCUCCUCGAGUUCCAAUCCAACAAAGGAGACGUCCUUCCUCCCCACAAGUUCGGCAACCACGACGUCGUCGUUUUAAAGCUCAACAAAGCCGAUCUCGGCUCCUCUCCCCUUGCGCAGGGAGUCGUGUACCGGUUGAGAGACUCCUCGAUCACGGUUGUGUUCGAUGAGGUCCCUGAGGAAGGGCUGAACACUUCUCUGAGGCUGGAGAAGCUCGCUAACGAGGUGACGUAUAGGAGGAUGAAGGAUACGUUGGUGCAGUUGAGUAAAGGUGUGUUGAGAGGACCUGCUUCUGAUUUGGUACCUGUCUUGUUCGGUGAGAGAGGGCCAACGGUUGCAAAGAAGGAGGUUGAGUUUACGGCGUUUAACAAGAGUCUUGAUCAGUCUCAGAGAGAUGCGAUUUCGAAGGCUUUGUCUUCGAAGGAUGUGUUUUUGUUACACGGUCCUCCUGGUACUGGGAAGACAACUACUGUUGUGGAGAUAAUCUUGCAAGAAGUGAAACGCGGUUCCAAGAUUCUCGCGUGUGCGGCUUCGAAUAUCGCUGUUGAUAACAUUGUCGAGAGGCUUGUUCCUCACAAGGUGAAGCUGGUGAGAGUGGGGCAUCCUGCGAGGCUCUUACCUCAAGUGCUGGAUAGUGCUCUAGACGCUCAGGUUCUUAAGGGGGAUAACAGCGCGCUAGCGAAUGACAUCAGGAAGGAGAUGAAGGCGUUGAACGGGAAGCUGUUGAAAGCGAAAGAUAGAAACACGAGGAGAGGGAUACAGAAGGACCUUCGAGCUUUGGGUAAAGAGGAGCGUAAGAGGCAGCAGUUAGCUGUUUCGGACGUGAUCAAGAACACUGAUGUCAUUCUCACGACUCUGACUGGUGCACUAACGCGAAAGCUUGAUAGUAUAACUUUUGACUUGGUGAUUAUCGAUGAAGGAGCGCAGGCUCUUGAGGUUGCUUGCUGGAUUGCUCUGCUUAAGGGUUCGAGAUGUAUACUUGCGGGAGACCAUCUCCAGCUCCCGCCGACGAUCCAGAGCGCUGAAGCUGAGAGGAAAGGGUUGGGGAUAACGCUCUUUGAACGGUUAGCGGAUCUUUAUGGAGAUGAGAUUAAGUCUAUGCUUACUGUUCAGUACCGUAUGCAUGAGCUUAUUAUGAACUGGUCAUCAGAAGAGCUUUACGAUGGGAAGAUAACAGCGCAUUCAAGUGUUGCCUCGCAUAUGGUUUUUGACUUGGAUGAUGUAGAGAAAUCUUCUGCAACAGAGGCGACUCUGCUGUUAGUAGAUUCCGCUGGGUGUGACAUGGAGGAGAAGAAAGACGAGGAAGAGAGCACUUAUAACGAAGGGGAAGCAGAGGUUGCUAUGGCGCAUGCCAAGAGACUGAUCAAGAGUGGUGUUCGUCCUUCUGAUAUUGGAAUCAUCACACCUUACGCUGCUCAGGUUAUGGUGCUUAGGAUUCUUAGGGGCAAAGAGGAGAAGCUAAAGGAGAUGGAGAUCUCUACGGUGGAUGGUUUCCAAGGACGAGAGAAAGAAGCUAUCAUCAUUUCAAUGGUUAGAUCAAACUCAAAGAAGGAGGUUGGGUUUCUAAAGGACCAAAGGAGAAUGAACGUGGCUGUUACUCGCGCUAGAAGACAGUGUUGUGUGGUCUGCGAUACAGAGACGGUGAGCAGUGAUGCGUUUCUCAAACGUAUGAUUGAGUACUUUGAGGAGCAUGGGGAAUAUCUCAGCGCCUCUGACUACACCAAUUGGUAAACUCAAGCCAGAGCCAAAUCUUCUUGGUUAGCAUAGUUUCAGACCCUUUGGCGUUACUUGUCUGCAUACUAUCGAUGGACAUGUCACAUGUUUGUACCUUCUUCACCUAGCUUAUAAUAAAAAGUCGGGGUCCCUGAAGCAUUCUUCAAGGCUUGUCAUGUGCUACUUAUGUUGUCGCUGUUCGUAUAACAAUAUGUGUACUUAAUUUAACCCAUUUGAGUUUUGAAUAUUGAGUUGAAGUCAGUAUGAA